AUGAAUAUUACAAGAAGAACUCCCGAACACCUUGCACCAGGUGUAAGAUCUAAUUCAUCUCCAUCACUGUUUGCAACUCAGUCUCGACCACAAUAUCAUGUUUACGAACAACAGCCUCAAUAUAAUACUCCUUCGAAAUACUUUUCGGGCCGAGAAACACAACAAUCAAGCUACAGAGAUGAUGAAUCCAUCUCGGAUGCUUCUACCAUAAGAAGUCAUCAACAUUGUCUCAAUGAGCAACAAUCUCCAUCCUCAGUCGACGGUUCCUACGCUUCUUCCGAUUCUGUACCAUCCUCACUGCUCCGAGAACGAACGCUAUCUCAAUGUUCCAUCAAUGUUUCUCCAGCAAGAAACAGUUUCGAAGAUGCAUUAUCUUCUCCUCCACUUUAUGAGAGAUAUGCUAAUCUACAAAUUUCCAAGCCCUCAAAACAACUAUUGGUGUGGGGAGAGGACUUUGAUGCUCUUCAUUUCAAACAAAAUCAAUCCAGAACAAGGAAAACAUCUGCAGUUUAUCAACAACUGAUAAAUUCAAGCUACAUGAGAAGAUACAGAAGUGUCGUUUGCGACUGGUUCUUUGAGAUUCAGUAUGCUGUCUCAAUUUUGCAAAGAACAAUUCAUGUAGCAACCUUCUACAUGGACCUGUGCAUGUUUAAAUUGUACUCUGAGAACCGAGUUGUGGGAAGCUCAACAAAUAAUCAAUCUCGAGAAGGCUUGUUCAACAUUAAGCAAUACUUGCAGCUUUUGGCUGCAUGCUGUCUAUGGAUCGCCACUAAGAGAGACGAAACCUAUGGAGACUCCAAGUUAAAGCUUGAUAAUCUUAUUCAGUAUUGUUGCAACACGUACACCAAGCAAGAGUUCCAACAAAUGGAAAUUUUCGUUCUGGAUUUGCUGGAAUGGGAACUUGAAGACACUCCUUCGAUUGAUUUUUUAGAAACCAUGCUUGUUGCCGAUAACCAAAAUUUUGAUCUUGGUGGUGACGACGAGGAAGACCCUACCAUGAAAGAUGAAGAGGACACUCAUUUCACCGCAUUCAAAGAAACGGUUAAGCAAUAUUCAUCGAUGGUCAUGGACGCAUCAUUGCUGGGUACUCUUUCCACAAGACAAUCUGAUGAUUCUUUGGAGAGGCUGAAGCAACAUUUCAAUAUCAUUGUGCCAUGCCAUUUAGAGCAACAUUUUGAACAUACUUACAUUUCCAUGUGGAUCACCAUGCUUAAUUAUCCAAGUUUAAUGGCCCUUUCUUCCCUUCUGUUGGGACUCUUUCUUUAUCACCAAUAUGACGCCCCUUUUGAAUCUGGCCAAAUGUUGUUUGACAUUCAACCAAGUGCAUCUACUUUUCGAAAUCGUCAGUCAGAUUCCUCAACAGAAUUGUUUGAUGAAGUUCUGACUCAUUAUUGGACCGUAGAAAUGGAAGAAAAUGUUGGAUACAACUUUGAGCAAGUGGCUAUUUGUUCCAGAAUUUUGUACACCUUCUUCCAACGUGAGCAAGCACAAAAGGAGAUGAUGAAUGGAGAGCAGUCAUUGUCACCUUCACAAGCUCACUAUCAACAAUCACAUGAAGUCACCUCUGUAGUUCAUCACGAGCCUCAAAAUGUACCUGGAUUGGAUCCGUGCUAUGAUUUGGUUUGUGACGAGCAAUUGUAA